AUGAGCAACUAUAUCUGGAAUAAUACAUAUUCGCUGGAAUUUUUGAGCGAAGAUUUUUAUGAACUAAAUAUCAGCACAAAGGACAAUGUAUACGAAAUUGUGAGAAAAAGAAAAGAUGACAAUGAAGUAGAGAGUCUUAGCAUUAACAUAAGUAAUCACAUUUGCAUGUUUGUUCAGUUGUUAGAUAAUUUGUUGGGGAAAAUAAGUUACAAUAAUAGCACAAUAAAUGAUACAUUAAAUUAUAAAAAAGUUUCAGAAGUAUUUCAUUUUGUAAAAAAUCAAUUAUAUAAUUGUGACUAUAGUUUGUUUUUAAGAAUAUAUUCUAUCUACCACACGUACAAUCAUAGAAAAAAUGGAUACUUAGAUGUAAACAAUUUAUAUACAUUUAUUUUAGAUAUAAUCAAUAAAAUUGAGAAUUUAAAUGAAAAUAAUUUUUUGAUUUUACCUGGUGGGUUUUAUUUACAGAAAGAAAAAAUGUUAGUGAAAAUUUUAUAUAUAAUACAUAAAAAAAAUAAUAUAUACAGUUUCACAGUCUUAAAUAAUUCUGUGUAUGGUAUUCAAUAUCAUCCAUUUAAAAUUGAUGAGGUGGAAAACUUAGGAGUAUUAUUAAGAGAUGUAACACUGUGUAUAAGAAAUAUUAACAAAAUUUUUUUAACAAAUUCUCUAUUUUGGUUAUGUUUAUAUAGACUUUAUAUCUUUCCUAAUCCUGAUAAUGUUGAUAUAUUAUAUCAGGUAUUAUUGCCAUAUUUGAAUAAUUCUUUUUUAACAAACAAUUGGAAUUUGUCUAAUAAUAAAACGAUUAAGGUGGCUCAGCAGGCAGAUGAAAAAAAUAUAUUCGAUGGUAUGAGUGGUAGUAGUCCUACAAGUAACAAGAAAUUUUACCCAUCUAUGAACAAAAUCAGUGGGGAAAAAAAUGAUGUUUCAAAUUUUGAUUAUUAUAAUGAUACAUUCAAUAAAAUUGGGAACUUGUCUAAUGCAAAAAAAUUCCUUAACGAUUCAUAUAACUAUUCAGAUAAUUCAAAUUUGAAUAUUAAUAAUGGCACAGUGGGAAAUUUUAAUAAUUUCAUCCAUUCUGGUAAUUUGAUAAAUUUUGACCAAGCAAGCAGUAGAACAAAGGAUUUCCAGAACGAGAACAAAAUUUACAAAAAUGAAAAUAGUACACAUAAAAAAUUGGACUAUUUCAAUUCGUUCGAUUUUGAUCAAAAUGUGAAUCAUCAGGAAUGGGAUAACUUCGAAUAUAAUGUCAAUACCAUGCACAAUGAUUCAAUGAGUCCUCAUUUGUAUGAUGAAAGAUACUCUGAUAAGAAUGUUUUCUCAGAUGGACGAGGAAAUAAAAAUACAAGAAGUGAAAAUGAUAAAUAUGGAGGUGGUAUAUAUGUUAAUAUUUAUAAAAAUAAAUUUACGUCCUUUUCUAUGUGUUUAUAUUAUUGCAUAAUUCAUAUGCUUAAAGUUUUGAAUAUACAAGAAGAGGAUAUUGAAGUUUUUAAAAUUUUUCUUUACUAUAGUAUCAUUUUGAAAUUAUGUGAUGAUUUGUUUGUAUAUGACAAUGCAGAGAGAAACAGACAAGAUAAGUCGAACCCUCGGUUCAACAAAAUUGCAAAAGAAGAUCAAGGAAAUUACAGAAGUGAUAAGAUUGAUACAUUUUUUGAUAAUAUGGAAUAUGGAAGUGGUAGUCCUGUUCCUUCUUCUCCUUUAUUCGAUAGUAACAAUCACUUGAAUGGAAAUUACGACCAAAGGGGAGAGGGAUAUGUGUACACACAAAAUGAUUGUACCAUUUCUCCAAAUAGUACAUUUGGACAAAAUGAAAUGAAAAAAAAUGUAAAUAAAAUAGAUCACACAUUUUUUGUGUUUCUUGACAUGAGUAUAAGAAAAUUGUGUGUUCUGUUUCACCUAUAUUUUUGUAAAAUGAAAAUGGGAAUAUAUGAAAAAAGAAAAAUGAUAAAAAAUGAUAUCCUGAAUGAAAUACUAAAAAAGGUUCUAUUUGUAAAGCACAUGUAUAGUAAGAUGGAAUCGAAAUUUUACGCACAUGUAGCGUUAACCAGUGGUGGGGAAUUAAUCAGAAAUAAAGAUUAUAAAAAUAGUAUUAAAUUUCCCAUGAAUAUAUUGUUAGAAGAAGAGUUAUACAAGAAUUAUCGAAAAAUAGAAAUAAGAAAGGAUGUGAAUAUACCAAUAUCUUUUUACCUUUCGAAGAGAACAAUUCAAUGUUUUAAUGACUUAUACAUAAUAAUAUACCAAACGAAUAUUGUAACAAAUAUAUUAAUUAAUCAGAAAAAUUAUAUUAAACAUUGUUAUUUGUUGGCUUUUUCAUUUAUCUCGCAUGUCCUUAAUAAUAUAUUACCAUCUCCUAAACAUUUUAUUUAUUUAUCGAAAUUUCAAAAAUUGAAAAGAUCUCUACAAAUUAGUCUCUUUAACCAAAUAUAUCACAUGAAUAAUAAUAUCUAUUUUAUUUCCUGUUCCAUUGUACAGAAUAAGCAGAUUGUUAUGUACAAAAUUAUUAACUGCUCGAUGCUUUUAUUUCUGUACGAUUUUUUGCUAAGAAUACCUUGCGAUGAUGUCAAUUCUCCUUUCUCUGUGCAUUACAAUGGAUUUUCCACAGGGGAAAACAAUUAUUUUGUUUAUCAAAGGGGUAGAAGCAGGAGGACUGAUAAAUUUGGUAGUGGAAAUAGCAGCUUUAGUAAUUGCAGUGAAUCCAUCUGUGGAAGACAAUAUGAAGGAGAAAUUAUGAAACAAGGGCAAAACAAAGGGAGAAAUAGAAAAAUAAGCCGAUUCCAAAUGAUGAAACAGUUUUCUCGAAAUAUAUUGGAAAAUGAGAGUUAUUCCUCUCUGGAUGAGUACUUACAUACAGGGAUAGGAACGGAAAUAAAACUGUCAGGAUAUUGUAUAGAUAUAUCAGCACUUGAAUGUUUUAGUAAAUAUUUCCUCAUUAUUAAUCCAAAGUUAAACAUUAUGAGAUCAGAUAUUAUUGAAUACUUUUACAAAAUUAAUGAAAAAAAAAUUAACAAAAAUAGUCAACUCUUUUUAUUUGAAAAAAGUGAUGAUAUAAAUACAAGUGAAAUAGAAAUAUUAGAAAACAUUAGCUUAGAUUUAGGAUUAGAAAGAAAAAAAAAUAAUAUUAUAGAAUAUUAUUGUGGGGAAAAUGCACUAUUUAGACAGUUAAUACCCGAAUUUUAUCACUUGCGUGAUAUGCUAUUUUUAUUUAAAUCUUAUAUGUGUCCAUAUAUUGACAAAUUACCACCAGUGCGUAAUUACAAAUAUGAUGAUAUUAAUUUGAAAUUUACAUAUAAAAACAAAUUAAAUGUUACAGUUUUUAAUCGAAAAAUUGACAUAUGUGGCUAUAUGUGUCCGCCAAAAAAUACAAAAAUGAAUUUUUUUUCAUUCAUUUAUCAAUUUAUGCAAUCUAAUGAGAAUAAGAAGAAUAAUUGCAUUUUAACAUAUUCGAAUCCGAAUAUGUAUACAGAUACUUACAUUGAAAAUGAAUUAGACGUUUUGUAUGUGAAUGAUUUGCCUUUUUUACAUCCCUCUUUGGAUUUACGAGACGUAGAAAUUUUGCUUCAAUAUUUAACUGUUCCAUAUAUUAGAAUACCCCUAAUUUUAGAAUUUUUCUGUGAUAAAAAUCGAAUUAAAAGCUUUGAAUCCUUUGACAUACAGCAGUUAAUUCUAUGUAUUUUAUUUGAACCAUAUACUUUUAAAAAUAAAUAUAGAACUAUAGAGGAAGAUAAUUUCAUCCCAACCAAGGAUAGAAAUAUCUUUGCUACAAAAUAUGGAUUACUAAUAAAUGAGCUAAUUAUGAAUCCCAAAAAUGUCUUGUGUAGUAUUUAUUCUUUUUUGGAACUAUUUUUCAGUUUUGACAAGGAGAAUAGUAAUAAUGGUAGAGUUAUUAUGGUAUUCAUCAUCAUGAUAUGUACAUAUGUCAAUUCUUACAUAGGAUUAAUUGUAGAAACGAAUAGAGAAAUUCGAAGAAAUUUGUGCAACAUUGAAAAUAUAUUAGCAAAGGAAGGAUUGGUAAAGGGAGCGAACAAUGGGAAACUCUCAUCAUCCAAUACUAAGAAGCAGAAACCGGAUGAGCUUAAGAAAACAAGGCAAAAUAAGAAAAAGGAAAAAAAAAAAAAAAAAAAAAAAAAACUUCAUCUUUUUAAUAAGCUUAAGAAAAAAUUAAUAAAAAAUGAAUUGUAUUGCUCUGAUGAGGUAUACGUAAAUUUGGACACUUACUAUAAGAAGAUAAAAAGAAAAUUAGAAGAUGAGGUUAUCGAAAUUUUGUUAAAAUAUUCAAGAUUAUGUAUUCAAAAGAAUGAUAUAACGACAUGUUGCAUUUAUCAUGGAUGUAUUUUAUUAAUUUACAAAGACAUUAAAUUUCGAGAAUUAAAUAGGAAUAAUGUAAAGAAUUUAUUAUCAUCUAUUUUUUUUAUUCUUACUUAUUACACGUUCAAUGCUGAAACAAAUUAUGCUGAUUUAAAAAACAUAUACGGCCUAGGUUCUCUAUUUGUGAAUACAAAUGAUGGUUUAAACAAUGGGGCAAUGGAAUAUACCCAAAUGGUUAAGAAGAAUGAACGAGGGGGACUUUUAGAAAUAUCUACGACUAUUGGUAGCCACCUUAAUGAUACAUUUUCACUUCUCAUUAAGACCUUUUCGUUAUGUGAAUGUGAUAUAUUUAUUUCUAUACAUAAACAUAGAAACAUGCUUUUGAAAUAUUUGGAAAGAAACGAAAUGGAGCGAAAUAUAAUUUUUGAACAUACCAUUCACAUUUGUGCAUGCGUUCAUGAAAAUAACAAAAAUGAGUAUUCAAAUAACGGAAGAUUGAAUAGGUAUAAUUCUAAUAUAUUCCUUAACUUUCAUUCCAAUCAAAAUAUCAUACGGAAAUGGUUGCCAGCACAUAAAUUUAAGCAUGUUGGAAUAUACACAAUAGAAAAUGUGGGGCAUGAAAAGGGGAAACAGUCACUCAAAGAAAAGAAUGAAGAGAAUAAUAAUAAUAAAUGGAGAAGACGAAGGAGCAAAACAAUCACAUCCAAUUAUUUUUUUACCUCUACAGACUCAUAUGGCUCCACUGAUUCCUUGGGUUCAUCAACUUCCGUUGGUUCAUCCUCUACUCCAGGUUUGUCUGAUGAAUCUUCAUCCUUCAUGUCAUCCUAUGACGAUGAAUUCACAUCAACAGAAGAUGACGAAGAUGUAGAAGAUUCAGAAGUAAACAGCCAAUUGAGUAAAAAGGGUCUACUAGAUGGAGUAGAAAUAGAACAGAAAAAUAAUGCAGGAGACGUUGGGAAUAUUGAAAGAAAAGUGGAAAAAUCCACAUUUGAUCAAUGUUUAAUUAGUAUAAAUAACAGUGGAGAAAUAAAUAAAGAUAAUUUUGAAUGUAAAAGUACAUUAUCGAUGGAUCAGGAAAGCAGAUGCAUAUUUGGACUCAAAAGUGAAAUGAAUCAAAAUGAAGAAAAAAACUUAUCAAGUAAGACAAAGACAAAAAAAAAAAUCGAAGAUAUAGAAAAUGAGUUAAAAUAUUUAAAAUUAAAAAUGAAAAAAAAAAAAAAAAGGAAGAAGAAGAAAAAAAAAAAAAUAAAGAUGAUGGAAAAAAGACGAAGCAAAUUCCUUUCCCACAAAAACGACAACAACAUGAAAGAUGGAAUGAUAACAAAUCCAUUACAUGAUACCGAAUCGUUACAUUCUAAUUCGAUAAAUAAUAUUUUAAAUUUCCCGUCCUUUUUUAAGAAUGCUAGCAAAAAUGUAAACAACAGUAGUGAAAAGAGAAAAAUGAGAAGACAAAAAGCAAAAGCAAAGGCAAAGAGGGAUAGUAUCUUAAGCAAUAACAAAUAUAUUUCGUACAUAAAAAGAAUAAUUAAAGAAAAGAACAUUUUGAUAAAUUUACAAUUAUUUACAUUUUCCUAUAAGGAUAAUAAUAUUAUUACUUUAAAUGAGAAUAUAAAAAAAUUUAAAAAUUACAGAGAUGUUUUUUUUUACAACAAGUAUAAUUAUCAAACUAGUGAUAAAAGCGAAAAAAAAAAAGCUCACAGUAGCAAUAGAAUGAAAAAAAAUGUUAAAGUAUUAAUUACACAAUCGUAUCAAAACUUUUGUGCAUUUAAUAUUAUUGGUAAGAAGCAUAAUUUAGAGGUAUGGAGGAACUCAAAAAAGAUCAACUUAAAAAAUUUAAUGAGUUAUCCAUAUGAUAAGUCUAGAAUUUUUUAUAUCAAAAAUAAUAAUCUUCUAGGCAAUAUGAAAUUUAGUAAUAAGAAGACAGAUUCAGCUAGUGCUGAGAAUGAUAAUUUUGAAAAUUACAACAUGACCACUUUUUACAAUUUCCUUUCGAGUGAAGUAAAAACGGGUGUACUAUACGAGCAGGAAAAUAAUGAUGUGUACGUCCGUAUCAUAUGGAAAUACAAAAUUAAUGAAAUAAAAAAAACAGAUGGGGAUAAUUCUAGAAGUAUUCGAAUAAGUGCAGAGGAUGGAAAGAGUAAAGAUAAUUCCAUAGGAGUUAAUGAUCAAUAUGGGACAAGAAAGGAUAAAGAAUUUUUCGAACUCAAGUCGUUUAACAUAAACUACGAGACGCAAAAUAUAGAGGGGUUGUUCAAUUUUAAAUAUGAGGAGAAUCAGUACGAUAGUAGCUUAAUCAAUAGCACAGAAGAGUCAUCCUUUAGUGAUACCACAAAUAUUAUUUCGAAUGAAUGUACCCAGGAAUGUAAUAAUAAUCGUGAUAACGCAUAUAAUGCAUAUAAUUCAUAUAAUGCAGAUAAUGCAGAGAAGGAACUGACAAAAUCAGUUUCAAGCAGCAGUACUGGAGCGUGCAUUAGUACAUCAUCCACGAAUGAUUCCAUUGUAGAAGAUGGAAAUAUUUCCAGCUAUGAUUUAGAAAAUGAGUUGAAGUAUCAUAAUAAGGGUCAAAUGAGUGGGAGAAUAAAAAACGAAAUUUAUGAAAAGACAAGGGAUAAAAAUUCAAUGGAUAGAAAUUCAAGGGGGGUAGGUAAUCUAAAAAGUAGUGUCAAAAAUUUAGAUACAAGAAAGGAGAAGGAAGAAAAGAAGAAGAAAAAAAAUAAAAAAGAAAACGAUACGAAUGUAGGAAAAGGAAGCCAAGAAAAUGAAGAAGAAUAUGGACUUCGAGAAAUAAUAUACAGAAAAGAUAUGAAUUGUAUAUACAUUUAUAACAUAUAUUUUAAAUUGAAUAGAUUUAUAAAAAAGCUAUACUACUGUAGUGAUGUGAAAAAAAUUUAUUUCUCUACAAGUAUAAAUAGAUGCAAAAAUUUAUUUUACCAUUUUGAAAAUAAUAAUGUUCGUCUUUGUUAUUAUAACAGCAAGGAAACGUACGAUAAAUACAGUGUCAGCAUAUCUAGAAAUCUAUACAACAAUAUCCAUGCGCAGACUUACUUGAAUCCUGAACAUUUAUCCACAUUUUUACCGAAUAUUUUGUUACAGUAUUACAGUUUCUGGUACAACGCUGAUGGUACUGUAAUAGGAGAGAUAAAGAGUUCGAAAAAAAAUCGAAAAAACAGAAAUUCUAUCAUAUACAUUAGACUAUUUGAGGAGGAUGAGGAAGCGGAUGAUGAUGACAUUACCUCCAUAAACAGGAGUGAUAUUAAUCCAGGUUCAUAUGAUAUGAUUUCAAACGAACAGAAGGAUAAAAAAAACAAAUGUUUUAAUUUUAUGAAGAAUGGAUUGAUACUUCCUAAAAGGGAGAAAAAAUCUUCGUGCGGUAUGCGUCAUUAUAGUAUUGUGCAAAAAUUGCAAAUUUUUAAUACACCAAAGAAUUCGAGUAAAAUUACUUCCUUAAGAGUAAAUAAUGAUUACAGGGCUAUGACACUUAUUAAUAUUUUGAGCUAUGAAAAUAAUGAAGUGUUUAAAGAUUUUUAUAAUAUAUUGAUGAAGUUUGAUCAUAUAACAUAUUUACUAAUUUAUUCGUUAAAUUUGCCAUCCCUUUUUGGAUGUACUAAUAAUAAGACCAUCGAUAUGACUGAUGUUCCCAUAUCCGUUGACUUGAUUGAAAUACCAAGAUUAAAUUUAACAUUACGGAGGGAUAAUGUAGAUAUAAAAAUGAAUUCAAACGAAAGAGAAGAGAAUAAUGAGAACCAUGGAAUGUGUGCAAAUACAAAUAUAACAACUUCAAGUAAUACGACGUCGAAGAAGAAUACAUGUAAGUACCAUUUUGAGGAAUUAAAUAUGUAUUUGUACAAUGGGAGCCUUCAAAAAUAUACAUAUAUUUACAACGUAAUAAAAAAAAUGAAUAACACUGUUUUAUUGCAGAAUAGUAAAAACGACUUGUUCUUUUUGGUCUCCCUUUUGAACAAACCAUUUUUUUUGAACAUUGCAAAUUUGUAUAAAGAAUUUAAUAAAAAAAAUAUACAUUUAUGUACCUUAUUAGAGAAACAUAUAAAUGUACUUCUCAAGAAUUAUAUGUAUGUAAGUAUUUAUUACCACAAUUUUAAUAUAAAUAUGAAUGUUAAUAAGAAUGUGGAUAUGUUUAACCAAAAUGCAGAAACGGAUACAGCAUCUAAUUUGCAAUACAUCGUUUUGUCUAUUCAUAGCUCGAAAUUGUUCAUAAAUUUUCGUAAUAUUUAUAGCUGCUUCUUUUUUAUUGUAUACAAAUAUAUAAAUAAAGAACAUGAGCAGGUAAUUGAAUAUUGUAAUAAUUUAAGUAUAUGUAAAAACGAUAUUAAAGAAAUAAAAUAUCUUUUAAACAUUUUAAAUUAUUGUGAUUCCAGUAUAUAUGCAGAUGUAGAUUCAUGUGCAUGUAGACUCAAAAUAUUCAUAACCUUGUCAAAACAAAUCAAAAUUAUAUUGCAAAAGAAGAGGCACAGAAUGAGUUCUAGGAAAGGGACAUGGAAUUCGGAUCAGUACUACAACAUAUUUCAUUAUGUAAAAUCUUUAUGGAAUUUUGAUAAAUCAGGACCGAACGAUAAUAAUUCUUCUAGUGACAAUGAACCAUAUAACACUUGUAUUGAUAAUAAUAAUAAUAGCUAUUUUACCACAAGUAGAAGUGGAAAUAAGAAUAAAACAAUUAGUGGAAAUAUAAUAUCUAGCAGAAGGGACAAUCGAAAUGGAAAAAGGAAAAAUCAAUUGAAUGAUACAAGGAAUCAUAAUUCUGACACUUCAAGCUUUUUUGGUGCAUCGGAUAAUUCGUCUUCAUGUGAUAGUAAUUAUUUAUCAUCAGAAAAAGAAAACAAAAAGAAAGAAUUGAAUGCUCAGGAAAAAAUUAUUGAUGGAGAAGAAGAUGACGACAUGAAUAGUAAAAAAAAAUAUAUGAAGAAAAGUAUGGAUAUGAAUAAAAUAAAGGGUGGAAGAAGAACGGAUGGUAGUGGUAAGACAGGAGAAAAUCAAAAUUAUGGAAGUCGAAAAAACAAUCAGGAUGAUGAAAAUAAUACUUAUUAUGAGGAUAAUUCAAAUAUGAAUAUUUACAUUUAUUGGGACAUAAUUAAAGAUAUGAUAUUUUAUAUUAAUAAUCUGAUUUACAUUAAAGCCAAAUGCAAAUUAACAAUCGAUGAAGAAAUUUUUCUAUACCAAAAUUGUAACAUCAACAUACAUAAAUACAAGUUGAUCUAUAACAGGUAUAUUAUUCUUAACAGCAUCAUAGAAUCAAAGCUGACAUCGGACAAUUGUAAUCCCUUAUUUUUUUACAACAUUUUGAGGAAGAAACAACUGGAAAAUCAAGCCAAAAUGAAGAAAUAUCAAAUACAGUAUAGGAAGAAAAGCAAAAUUGACACUUUGCACCCAGAUAAAAAAUUGGAGAAUCAUUUAGGAUCAGCAUCCAUAAAUGUACAUAUGCGAAAUAAUUAUAACGCGACGAUGAUGAAAUGUGAUCCCUCUAUGGACAGUGGAAUAAAUUUUGAAAAUAUAAAGAGCAAUUUUGAAUCACUGAAAAAUUGUCUUAAUGGGAAGAAGGAAAAAGAAACAAGAGGAAAUAAUCUACUUGUUUCGAUUAACGUCCCUAAGGUGGAAUCAGUAAAAUAUAUUAACAAUAUUGAUGAAAAUAUAUUUAUGAAUAUAAAUCUUUAUGACAAUAUAGGAAAUAUAAUUAACAAUAUGAGUUACAAAAAGGUAGAUGAUAAAAAUAAUGUGGAGGCAUUAAACUACUUGAAUACAUUAAUAAACUCUUUGGGUAUACAGAAUUUUUUUAUUAUCUAUAAUUUUUUUAUUAACAAUUUAAAUAUAAAAAUUGUAAAAGGGGAGAACACAUUUCUGUAUGCCAAUCUGUUAUCAAGGUUUUUGUAUUUUUACAAUUAUAAUAUAAGCCAUUAUAGUAAAAUUAUAUACAUAUUUAUUUUCAUUAUUAAUCAUCAAGAAAUUGUUAAUAUGCUUCCCAAGAUUGAUGAUCAGAAAAUGAAAAAAAAUUAUUUAAAUUUUUUCAAAACGAAUGAUUCUGUUUUUAAUUUCUUUAAUGACAUUUUCAAAUUCGUUCAAAAUUUUCAAAAAGAAAAAAAAAAAAAAAUUAAAAAGAACAUUCUACCUUUGGAAGUAGACAAUAACAUUACUAUUUCCAUUUCAGAUGUAAUUAAAUAUCGUCUCAUUAUUAACAUAAACGUCAAUGAUUACAUGUGUGAAAAGAGGAUUAUAUACCCCUUUGAUGUUAAACCUAAUGUGCAUGUUGGAUUUGAGUUACUCAAUGAGUUGUGUUUUACUCCAUUUAAGAAGUUGUAUAAAUAUUUGAGAAGAGUUAAGCGAGAUUGUGAACCAAACAUUAGCAAUAAUAAUAUAUUUCCUAUAGAAAUGAACACACAGAAUUCUAAAACAAGUAAUAAUAACGAAUUAACAGAAUGGAAUGGAUCGAAUGUGCUAGAUCACCAUGAGGGGAGGUUGAACAACAUAACAAAGAAAAGAAAAAAUAUGCUAAAUUUUGAUUUUGAAGAAAAUAAUGUAUCAUGUCAGAACACCUAUUCUAAGACGUUUAUACAAAAUAUGAAAAAUGAUUACAAGGCCUACUUAGAUUAUGAAAGGAAAAAGGUUGAAUAUGAAUUUAUCGGGUUCAGCGCAGAAGAAAUUAAGAUGACCUUUAGCAAUAUUAAAAAGUUGAAGGAAUACGUGAAUAUGUUUGUAAAUAUUAAGGACAUACUGCUCGAAAUAUUUAUUGGAGAUAACAAAUUGCUUGAGUGUAUAAAUGAGUUCAUAGAUGAUACAGGUAAUAUACUGAAUAAUGCAACGAAUGCAAUGAACGGUGCAGAAGACCAAAGUAGAGAAGAGGGAAAUGUCGCAAAUAAGAUAUCUCUUGAAACUGAGAAUACACCAUGGAAUGAUGAUCUUGUGGAUAUAGACAUGCAGAGUGGCCAUACGCAGAAUGGUCAUGCACAGAAUGGCCAUAUGCAGAAUGGUCAUAUGAAGGGUGACGAUCACGAUGCUGCUGAUAAAGACAAAACGAUUAUCCACUUUUUGUACAAAUUCGGAGUAUUAGGAAAAGCAGAAAAGGAAAUUAAUUUAAAAAUUUUGAUUAGCUGCUUCAUGUCGAAGUAUGCAUAUGAAUAUUUAACACUGAUAAACCCGAAUCUGAAAAAAGAAAACGCCAAAAAAUUUAUUAACGUAGUUUUGCUUUACAUGUUAAUAAUGAACAGAAAGAUAUUUUUACACGAGUGUAUCAGCAACGUGAUAAACAUUUUGAACAUCUUCAAGGUAUACAAUUUGAAGUUGAAGUUUUUGAAGCAGAAGGAAAAAAAUUUAAAAACUGUGGUAUCUACAGAUAAUAAAUGUACGAAUGAAAACACGGGUGAAAAUGAUAGCAAAAAAAAACACUCAAGCAAAUUAUUAAUCAAACUUAUUAACAAACAAAAGAAAGUUAUAAACAAAGCAAUUAACACAAUCCAAUUGGGAACUAAAACUUUAACACAGUUAACACUGACUGAGAGACAUUACUUUUCAAUGAGAAAUAAAUCUACGCAUCGAAAAAUUGCGCAGAAAAUUUUGGAUCACAAUUCGGAUUCUUCCGAUGUAUCCACUUGCUAUUUCUCGAGUGAUCAGAACGAGGAAGGACACACACUUCUUCCCACAAGGGGCAUCCAAAAAGAAGAAAGAAAGGAAGAACAUAAUAUAAAUAUGAACAGUUCAUGUGCUAAACUGGAUCCAUUCUUAUUACAUUUUGGUGAGGAAAAUAGUGUUCCUGAUAAGAAACAAAAGGGGAACAAAAGAAAUAAUGUAGAAAGUACCAAUUGUUACUACACGUACGAUCCGAGAUUGUUAAUUUUUGAAUACACGAAUAAUUUAAUUAUAAGAAAAAAACAAGUAAAAAUGAUAAAAAAAUUAAAAAGAGAUUUUAUAAAAAAAAAAAAGCAGUACUGUUAUCAAAUAAUUAUGGGAGGUGGGAAAACAACUGUUCUGUCUCCAUUGUAUUUUUUAAUUUUCUCCAACUAUUUUUUAGUAUUUAAUAUGUGUCCCCAGCCGUUAAUUCAUUUCACAAUUAACACAUUCCGAUCAAGAUUUUCUUCCAUAAUAAAGAAGAAUAUAUACUAUUUUAAUUUCAGUCGAUAUGAUAAUAUUACUACAGAUUUAUACAUAAGUUUAUGUAGUGCCUUGGAGAAUAAAUACAUUUUAGUCACGAGUCCCACAUGCAUCAAAUCUUUAUUUUUGAAAUUGAUUAACACAAUUCAAGAAUUAAAUAAUAUGAAAACAUUCGACGUGAUUAAGCAUAAGGCCAAAACACACAUUACGGAUGCUUUGACAAAGUUUUUAGGAUUUCAAAAUGAUGUAAAUUCAAUAAAUAAUACUAGUUCUGGUGGAUUCAGAAUAACAAGUAGUGCUACAUCUGGAAAUCUAGUAAAGCCAGGGCAUGUGCCUGCACCUAGUGAUUAUAACACGCUAAAAAAACAGCUGGAUUUGUCUGUAAGAAUAUUAGAUAUAUUAAACAAAAGCAUUUUAUUAAUUGACGAAAUAGAUAAUGUUUUGCAUCCCCUGAAAAGUGAGUUACAUUGGCCCUAUGGCAUAAACAGAGAUAUAGACCUUGUGAACGUGGUGAGAAAUUUUACUGAUGUGUUUACGAACAAUCCAUAUUUGAAAUUUCUGUACGAUGGAAAAAAUGAAGAUGUGGAUAUUAGAAACGUUAAAAUUCCUGUUGCAAAUAGGAAAGAUGUAAGCACCAGUCUACUUAACCAUAUUAGACAACUGAGGGAGGAAGAGCAGCAACAUAUGAAUGCACAAAAACUGGUACAUUUGCGUAUAAAUUCUGAGGAUGAUGAAAUAAGGAAAAAGGGAGAAAUACAAGUUACAAAUUAUGGAAUUAUCUCAAGUAUGAACAAUUGUAAUGUAGACAUUGGUCGUCAUGACAACAAAGUUAGAAUUAAAAAUGGAAUGGGAAAUAAUUUUAAUUCCACUUUGUCAACACAAUUGUAUAGGAAAGAAGAAAUUGCUGAAUAUGGGGUGAAUGGGCCCCAUAAUGUGUUGAGAAAUAUGAAUUCUGGUUUUGGAGGAUUCGAUAGAAAUGUAACAGGAAAGCAUGGAUCUGUGAGGGUGUCAAAUAAGAUAGAAGAAACUGGUUCAUCAUAUUCAUACAUAGAUUUAACCCUAUUCAGAUACAAAUUAAGUUGGGUUUUGAUAGAUUUUUUUUUCUAUCCUGUUUGCAAAAAAUUGACAAUACCGAUGAAUAUUAUUUUCAACACGAACACAGAAUAUAUAGACGAUUUGUUGAAUACUUUUAAUAAAGAGAUAGAGAAAGGGGUGGAAAAUCAUGAUAUUUCCAUGAUUCCCCAUUUUCACAUAAUAAAUUAUAAAUGGUAUGAUAAUAUUAUUUGGAUUAUAGCUCGAUAUGUUUACUACUUUAUAUUAUCUUACAAGAUAAUUGGGAUAUCUCAAAAGGUGAUAGAAUCCUAUCUAUGUAUUCCAUUAUGUAUAGGAUACAACGAUAUUAAUGUAAAAAAUAGAUGCAAAGAAAAUAAUUUUAGCACUUCAACCAUAAGAAGAUUAUUAAAUAUAAGAAAAGUAACAAAUAAAAAUUCUUGUGUCGACGCAAGCAAUAUGAAGAAUGAAGAUUUAUAUGUAUUAUCUAGUGAUUAUCAUUUUAAAAUAUUUGAACAAAUAAAUGAAUUGGAUUACAUUAUUUGUAAAAUUUUAAAUUUAUGCCGUCUAUAUAUUAAUGGUAUAUUACCUUUCGUUUUUUCAAAAAUAAAUACAGUGCACUAUGGUAUCCUUUCAGCUGAUCAGAUCAAUAGGUGCCAAAUGAUAAUGAGUAAGAGUAGGUACUUUUUGGCUAUUCCAUAUAUAGGCAAAGAUACUCCAUCUGGAAUGUCUGAAUAUACAAAUGUUGAUGUUGUUGUUUCAUUAACUAUUUUGUCGUAUCGAUACCAAGGGAUGAGAUAUUUUGAUUUUAUUCUUAGCAUGAAAAAUAUUUUGUAUAACUAUUCUUUGGAAAAGGAUUAUGAACAUGUUCAUAGCGAUUCAUCCGAUGGGGAAUCGCCCACUGGAAAUUCAUCCGAAAGUGAAUCCGUGGGUCGAAAUUCUUCUCCUUCAUCUUAUUUGGAAAGCAGAAUUCGAUCUACUUUUGACGAAAGUGGUGAGGGAAGCCGUGAUGAAGUAGGCUGUGAUGAAUUAAGCAGUGAUGAAGUAAGUAGUGAUGAAGUAAGCAGUAAUGAAGUAAGCAAUGAUGAAUUAAACAGUGAUGAGGAAUAUAGGAAUGGUGACUCUCGUAAGAAAUGCCAUUUCCGUGAGAAGGGCAAUUCGUAUGGGAGUCAUAAUACGAGUAAUGCCACGUAUUCAACCAUGAGCAACUCAGAAAGUGAAAGUUGUGUUCAGAGCAACAGUUUGAUUAAAACGGAAAAAUCAUAUAUUGAUGAAGUGAGUGGUAAAAGGAACGAUGUGAUAAAGAAUCACAAGGGGAGGAAAUCACAUGUUAAGGAGAAGAAGAAGAAUAAAAAAAAAAAAAAAAAUGAUUCAGAAUCUGCUAAUCGAGCCAAUCGUGUGAAGGAAGAGAGCUCGCAACUUAAUAAUGCUGAAGUGGAGAAGAAGAGAAAAUCGCCCCAAAGAAGUCAACGGGGUAAAUCGAAGGGAUGGAAAUCGUUUUCAAAUUUGGAUAGUGGGAAAAAAAAAAAAAAGGAUAAAGGAAGAGAUGGUCAUAAUGAGGUAAGUAGACAUCCAGAUGAGAGCAAACAAAGCCCAAAACAAAGGAAGAAAGAGUUAAAGAACAUGUACCAACUGUAUAGAGAAAUCAUCGAAACCAGUGGAGCCAAAAUAAGGAAAAGGAAGAAAGACAUUAACAACACGAAUUUUUUCAUAUAUGACAAUAAUAUAAAAAGGAGGAGAGAAUCGAAUCAAAAAACGAAGUUAGGGAAAAAGUACGUAGAUAAUAUAGACAGAAUAGCUUUAAACGAUAAAGAGUUACUAUACGAUUUGUACAAUUUGACAAAAAAGAACCCAUUACUAAUUAGCUAUUUUUUAUUGGGCAUCAUUUUGAACAAGUAUAUAAAACAUACAGAAAAACAACUGUCGUCCAAUUCACAAGACCUAACAAAUAAUGUUCUAUUCAAGUAUGUUGUAGGUUAUAGUGGUACCAGUAAUGAUAUAUUGCCUGAAGAGAUUCACAAAUGUAAAUAUGAAAAAAGAACGAUAGGCUCAAUACUUAACAUUAUUAACGAUCCUGAAAUUGUGAAUUUUAUUUUCCUACCAUCGCAAAUUGCCCCCAUUGAUAUUUUAAGAAGUUUAGCAUUUUCAAAAAUCAAAUUUAAUAGUCUAAUCGAUACGGGUUACCUAAUUAAUAAUAUUUCUCCCAAGAAAGUUGCAUAUUAUAUUUUACAAUUCUUAGAUUAUAUCGAUUGUUGUGUAUACAUCGACAAUGGAAAGCACAUGUGCAUGCUACCCCUGGAGAGAAGAAGAAGAGAAAGAAGACGAAGCGGGAGACAAAGUAAGAAUAGAGAUACAUCGUAUGUGAAGGAUGUAACAAAGCACAAUCUUAAUGCACCAAGGGGUAAUGAUCAUGUGAUGCAUUCCACAAAAGUGAAGGGGGACUUAACGUACGUCAACGAGAUGUAUACAAGUGCAUUUGAUGGACAGAAAUGUAAUAAGAAUUCUAAAUUGAUAAAUAACAAAACCAGAAUGCAUGAACAGAUGGAAAAAAAGAAAAAAAAAAAAAAAAAAAAAAAAGGAAGUAAUAAGCAGAAGAGCAACAGAAUAGAUAAUAAUCUUCAUCUUAAUGUUGAAAUUAUUCCAUUGCAAGAUUGUUAUGUCCCAAUUAAGAAAAGAUUUAUUUAUUUUGAUCAUAUCAACACAUUUGGGCAGGAUAUAAAACAGUAUAUAAAUGCAAACAGCUUAGUUACUGUAAAUAUAGGAAAUGAUAUUUCAUCCUUCAGUCAAGGAGUUUUUCGAUUGAGAUCGAUAGGUAUGAACCAGAAAAUAUUUUUCCUUAUUCCCAUGUGUCUAGUUAAAUUGAUGAAUAUAAAUACCAAUUUAUUUAAGGACGUUAUUUUGAUGAAAAGAAAUGGACAUAAUGGAAAUUCUUUUCGCAAGUGUCCUGAUCAAUGGGGUAGGAAAUAUGAAAACAUCUCGAGAUACAAUUGUAAGCUAAUUUUGAAGAACUUUUCAGAAAAAAAAAAGCCAAUUCUUCAUGAAUGUAAUAAGAACUACAGUGAAGAUAGUGAAGAUAGCAAAGAUAGUGAAGAUAGCAAAGAUAGUGAAGAUAGCAAAGAUAGUGAAGAUAGCGAAGGUAGAGAAGGUAGCAAAGGUAGAGAAAAAGAAUCUGAAAACGAUACGAAAGGAGUGUCCCACAUCACCAGUACCACAGGUGGUGAAUGUGAAGAGAUUGGAAGAGGAGAUGUUAGUCCACUCCAGAAUGGAGAAAAUAUUCCCAAUAUUAAUAGGCAUAAUCUGGAUGAAAAAGUACAUGUGAAAAAUCUUAGUACAGAUCUCAUUAAUGAAGAGGAAGAGAAGAAUUCUCCAUAUUUACUCAAUCCCAGGGAAGAAUGUAUGUUUGUUAUUGAUUGUUAUAAUAGUAUCCAUUUGAAUGAAAAAGAAAAAGAGAAUGUUUUAAAAGAAUUAACAUACUAUCUAAUACUAAACAAUAUUAACAACAAUAUAAAACAGUGUGAAUUGUUGUGUGUGCACGGAAUAGUUAAUAUUAUUAAGAGGAAGAGUAUUAAGAUGCUGAUUGAUAAUUACAUAAACAUAGGGGUACUAAAUUAUAGAGAUUAUUUAGGUAUAUUUAAUACAAGCAUCGAUUUUGACAUACAAACGCAAGUACCAUCGAAGAGCAGCUCAUUAUUAUGUAUAGUUCAACUUAUUGAAAAGUUUCAAAAUAUAUUCACGAAAGAAGAUGAAUUGUUUUUGCAAGACAUUAUAUAUCGAUACUUUUGUUUACACUAUGAUAUUUCUAAUAAAACUAUUCUAAUGUAUUUUGAUGCUUUUUUUCCCCGAAAAGAUUUUAUGAAAAUGAAUUUGCCACAAAUAAUUUUAGAUUUGUUUGAAAAAUUGAAGAAAAUAAAAAAAGAUAAUUCCAUUUUGUCAUAUAAAAAGUGUUUCGCGAGGAGGAACACCAAUAAUGAAUACAAUGCAGAGGAUGACAAUUCGAUAGACAACCAUUUGUUCAGUUUGGAAAAUGAACAAGAAAAGGAAAAAGAAAAGGAAAAAGAGAAAGAAAAAGAGAAAGAAAAAGAAAAAGAAAAGGAAAAAGAAAAAGAAGAAGAAAAAAUUACUGAAGAUCAAAAGAAAAAAAAUGUUAAAUGUAAAAAAGAUGAAUAUAAAUUGUAUAGGUGGACCAUGGAUGAUAUUAAUUCAGAUUUAUUUGGAGUAAAGAAAAAAAGAGGAGGAGAUCAAAUAAAGCAAAAUGGAAAUAAUAAUCCCUUAUCAUUUAUUAAUAACAAGAUUUCAGAAAUUUCUCAAAUGAGAAAUAAUGAUCCUCUGUUUGUUCCUCUGAAUAAAAUAGCAGUGAAUGAUAUAUAUAUGAAUUUUCCUUCCUAUGUGUAUGUUUCUAAAAAUUUUAUAAACUCAGAUUCGAUUAACACGAAAAAGGUGAAGAAGCUAAUGAAUGUAUUGGUUGUUAUCGAAUGUGUGCAUAAUGCAGAGGAACAAGUUACACCCCUUAAUGAACAGAUGCAUAACAAUUAUGAUGAAUAUGCAGAAAAAGAAAUUUUACAGAAUUUAUGGAAUAUAUUAAAGGAAGAUAAUAUACAAGAAAUAUUAAACAUAUUAGAUAUUAAUCCUUUUAAAUAUUCAUACGAUUUAGCAAAAGUUAUGGUUGAUCAUAUUCAGAAAAAUAGAUUUGACAAUACCAAUUUUGAUAGCUUCCUUUCCUUAUUAAAUAGUAUGGAAUUAUACUUUAGUAGUAAAAAUAAAAAGUAUAUUAUUAUAAGCUUGCAGGAAGCAGAAACCUUGCGAUAUUACAUUCAUAAGAAGUAUUGUAGGCAAAAAAUUAUCAAUGCCCAAUCCAUGAAAUAUUCAGAUAAUUUAUUCAAUGUUUAUAACUUCAAUAACACAUCUAGGAGGACAAAAAAUGACACACAAAUGAGAAGUGAAAAUAUGCAAAACGGAAAAAAUUCCACAAGUGCUGGAAAUAGAAAUGAUAAUUUGAACAAAAUAUACACAAAUGAAAGUAUGCACAUGGGGGAGAAAAGCACGAGUUUACUUUCACAUGAUUCUUUCUAUAAUAACGAACAUAGUGAUCCUAAAAAUAUCAACCUUAUUGAUACCAUGAGUGGAGGAAAGAAUAAGGAUAAGCAAACAGGAGAAACUCCUGGUUUUGACAAGGAAAUAGAAAAUUUUAUAGAGGAAGAAAUAUAUGAAGACAAAUUAAUAAGCGACGGAUGGGGAUUAAACAAUAACUUUUCUAGCAUAGCUUUAGAAGAAGGUGAUGAAGAACAUGAUAUGGACAAAUUUUUUACGAAUGACAUGAACAAAGGUAUUAUUGAAAGGAGACCUAAUAUAAAUAAUAUGAACAGCUGGAUGAACAAAAAUGAGCAAUGUAAAAAGGAUGAGAUAAAUUUAGAUUUGCUAAACAUAUAUGAGAAGGAAAAAGUGAAGGAAGGAAAUUUAUUCUCAGAGGUACACAUAAAUUUGUAUAAUUACCAUUUCUGGUUUACUCCUAUUGAAAUUACGGAUAGAAAUAAUUUGAGGAAAUAUUUGUCCAGGCAAAUACAAAUAGUAUACAGUGUAUGUAAAUUUUUUAAUUCAGAUAGAAAAUUUAUUGAUGCUCAUGUGAAUUUAUUAUUACAGUAUUUGAAUUUUAAUUCUCCAAAACAUCGAUAUACCUAUUUUAAUGAAUUAUAUUUAUUGAGACGAAUUAUGAAAGAACAUUUAAACAAGAAUUAUAACAAAAGUACGGAAAAAAAAAAUCUUCUCAUAAAAAAAAAUAUCGAAUUAGAAAUGAUGGAAAAGAAAUUAUUUGAAGGAAAUGGAGAUAUAUAUGCUUUUAAAAUAAUGCAGCAAACAGUUAGACAAAGUUUAAGAAUAAAACAAUUAACGUUACAAGAAAUUUUUGAUAAAGAUGAUUUAGAUUAUAUCUGUAGUAAACAAGAUAUUAGUAUUCUUUUUGAUUUUUUAAAUAUACAUGACAAAAAAUUUGUUAAUGUUCUGUUUGAUAUUUUGGGUUCUACCAUUUCUUUGCAAGAAUUAUGUUUCACUCUGAACCCAGUGGAAAAUAUUAAAAAAUCCGAAUUUCAGGACUUAUAUAUAAAUGACAGGAAAAAAUAUGCUGAUGACUUUCUAAAAGAAGUUGAAAAAUACCUUAAAAUUUUUAAGUUCACGGUAACAGAUCACACGUAUUUUAAGUUAAUAUGGUCAGGAAAAAUUUCCAACCAGAGAAUUGUUCAGGAAGUUAUAGAAAAUAGAGAACUGGGUACAGAGGAAAGUGCAAAAAGGAAGACGACAUUUCAGGAUGGUAGUAUAUACAACGAUUAUGUUAUGGCUGGUUCUUUGGGCAAUAAUCUUUUGGGAAAUUCAUUGACUGGGCCAUCUGGAGGCAUCCAGAGUAGUAGUUGUAUCAGGACCCCCCUGAAUGAUAGAGAUAUAAACCAUAAAUCAGGAACGAAUGGUUUACUAAAUGAUAUUUUUGGAUUUAAUAAUUCGCAAAGAAAUGAACAGGAUCCCAUUUAUGUAGAACACAUGAACCAUCCAGUGAGUAAUUCAGAACAGUUUUACAUCUACGAGGCAGAAAAUAUAGAUCCCAAGGAUAGAGGAAUGAUGAGUAAAAAUAAACAUAAAAUUCUGUUUGGUCAUUAUGCAUCAAAUAAGGUUACGGAUAAUAAUUUUCGCAUACUUGAAAUGACAGAUAUAUCAAUCAAUAGUAUGUAUACAAGUGCCUCAGCUCAGGAAAUUCUAAAUUUAUUAUUUCCACAUCCAAAAAAAUACUUGUUAUUAUGGCAUGAAGAUUAUUCAAUAAAGAGUGUCGAUGAAUGUCUGCAUAUAUGGAAGCCUGUCCUGUCGUCUUCCCAUUUUUCAGGAACAACAUUCUUAGGUUUUGUGGCAACAGUUGGUCCACAGCAACCCCCAUUAAAUAAAAUCAGAGCCUUGCCAAAAUCCUUAGUCAAAAUUGUUCAAAAUAAAAAAUUCUCAACCUUUUACUCGGACAACAGCUUCUCCAUUGACAACUCGGGCUUGUUCAACUCGCUUAACAUUCACUUUUUCAAUGGCCUGGAUGUUAAUAACUACGAAGAAUUUCUCUUCAGGAAUUUCUCCCUUAAUAUUGUUGCCAAAAUUAAAAAAAUCAAAUCUGUAAAUGAGGAUAUUUUUAAUUUAUGGGGAGAAAAAAAAGCGCAGGAACCUGAGGAAGAUGACGACCCCACCUCUGAGUGGGAAAUUAUUCCCCAAUGUUCAUAG